AUGGUGGCUGCUAAGAAGACGAAAAAGUCGAUGGAGUCCAUCAACUCCCGACUCCAGCUUGUGAUGAAGAGUGGCAAGUACGUGCUAGGCUACAAGCAGUCACAGAAGAUGAUCCGACAGGGCAAAGCCAAGCUGGUCAUUUUGGCCAACAACUGCCCGGCUCUCAGGAAGUCCGAGAUCGAGUACUACGCCAUGCUGGCUAAGACCGGUGUGCACCACUACAGCGGCAACAAUAUCGAGCUCGGCACCGCCUGCGGCAAAUACUACCGCGUCUGCACGCUGGCCAUCAUUGACCCCGGCGAUUCUGACAUCAUCAGGAGCAUGCCCGAUCAGCAGCAGCAGCAGGCUCAGUAG